CUGCAAUGUGUAGCUUUUUCCUGCCAUUUUUUCAUAAUAAAAGAGGGAGUGAAGCUCGCUCGCUCUCUCCCUCCACCCCCCUCUCCCAAAAAGAGCCAAAUGGAUGCAAGAAGGAAAAAAAAAACCCACACACCAAUCUCCGAGGGGAUGCCAAUGAGGUGUGGCUUGUAUUUAAAUAUCCAAUAUGUCAAUGUAAGGGGAGUGGGUAUGUAUAUAAAGUGCCGUUUGCAUCUGAUAGCUCGACGAAGCCAGCUAUGAGAGGCCGGAGGAGAUGGAUGCGGCGGGGAAAAGGCACUUUGACUGAGAGCAAGGUCAGGAGCGCGCUGCCUCACGCUCCCCGCCGCUGAGAAGUUCCUUGGACGCGAACAGACAUCGACUGCAGCUCAGCAGAGCGCGGAGAGAGCGAGCUAGCGAGGGAGCGCCGCCGACCCGCCCGCGCCCGCCGCGGGGAGAGGCAGUUCGCGCCCCGUGGCCCCGGCUCGUACAGCGAGCGCCCAGCACAACCCGCGCCUCAAUCGGCCCAGCCAUGGCAGAGGUCGGGGGCGUCUUGGCCUCCUUGGACUGGGAUCUACACGGCUUCUCCUCGUCUCUGGGGAACGUGCCCUUAGCUGACUCCCCAGGUUUCCUGAAUGAGCGCCUGGGCCAGAUCGAGGGGAAGCUGCAGCGUGGCUCACCCACAGACUUCGCCCACCUGAAGGGGAUCCUGCGGCGCCGCCAGCUCUACUGCCGCACCGGCUUCCACCUGGAGAUCUUCCCCAACGGCACUGUGCACGGCACCCGCCUCGACCACAGCCGCUUUGGAAUCCUGGAGUUUAUCAGCCUGGCUGUGGGGCUGAUCAGCAUCCGGGGAGUAGACUCUGGCCUGUACCUAGGAAUGAACGAGCGAGGAGAACUCUAUGGGUCGAAGAAACUCACACGUGAAUGUGUUUUCCGGGAACAGUUUGAAGAAAACUGGUACAACACCUAUGCCUCAACCUUGUACAAACAUUCGGACUCGGAGAGACAGUAUUACGUGGCCCUGAAUAAAGACGGCUCACCCCGAGAGGGAUACAGGACUAAACGACACCAGAAAUUCACUCACUUUUUACCCAGGCCUGUAGAUCCUUCUAAGUUGCCCUCCAUGUCCAGAGACCUCUUUCAGUAUAGGUAAUGAACCUCUUGGUGCCCUCUGUCACCCAUGUACUCUAGGGCCACGGUUGUCUCUGCAAGCACUAUACUCAUAGCUUUUCAAUCCUUCCUUACUAUCAUUUUAGAUAACAGAAAAGCACUUACUGUUGAACUCAACCCAGCUGUUCCCUUGUUGUUCAAAGUGUAUAUCAAGGUUGGGUUAUUUUGGGUAGGGAUGGGGGGGGCUGGGCUUGAGGGAAUCUUGUAUAUACUUUUUCCUUUACUCAUGUUCUUUCCCCUGAGGUAGCAUAACAAAGAAUGGGAGCCCUUGCCAAGGGUCAGGGGUGUCUUAUCCCACAAUUUACUCAAAUACCUUGACAAUAGGUAUAAAUGAAAGACCAAGGAAUCUGCCACAGAUGCUACCUACAGAGUUUUGGAAAAGUCUCUUUAAGAAAAUCCUUGAGGCUACAGCCUUGCUGCAAGCCUUCCCUGCAUUGGCUAUGCAGAUUUCUCAUCUGUCCUGACAUGCAGUUUUCCUGCCAUUGGAAGUGGGAGAUGGGGUAGGUUGUAAGAAAAUGAUAUUAAAAUGUAAGCAUGGAUACUGUGCAUAAGGACAAAUUAUUUAUAAAUGUAUAUGCUAUUUAUUUUAUAUAUUUAUUUAUUUCAAAAUAAUUUUAUUUUUAAUGAGAGAUGCUAUCGCUGGAUUUCAUCAGAUAGAAUAAGGUCCUACUGAAACAGGAUAAAAUGAGUUAUUAAAGGCUUUUACUGGCAAUAAAAUGUCUUUAUAUUGUAAGACUCUGUCUAAUUCUAUUGAUUUGUACAUUUAAUAGGAUUAUAAGGUUGGCCAGCUUCUUUCUCUCCAACUCAUUAGAAUUUUCUGAUGUUGGCAUCACACUGCCUAUGCUGGAUGUCUCCAUCAGCCAUUAUGUAUGUUAGCAUUAUCUAGAGGCCUUAUGUGAAGUCCUAGUGGUCCUUUCCAGUUCUAUGACUUUAAACUUACAGGUGAAUCAAAGCUUCAGGAAGGCCUAGACCAACAGCUAUUACUGAAGCUCCCAUUUGUGCUUAGGACUAUGCAUAGAGAAACUCUCCUUUGGGACUUUGUUAGGGUCCAAAGUCCUAAAGUCUAAACGCUAAUUGCGGGUUUCUUACUUCAGAUAUGAAGAUGAAGGGAUUCAAAAUAAACAUGAAUCAGCUGAUGCAGUGGCUUAUACCUGUAAUCCGAGCACUUUGGGAGGCCAAGGAGGGUGGAUCACUUGAGGCCAGGAGUUCAAGACCAGACUGGCCAACAUGCUGAAACACUGUCUCUACUAAAAAUACAAAAAUUAGCCAGGCAUGGUGGCAGGUGCCUGUAAUCCCAGCUACUCGAGAGGCUGAGGCAGGAGAAUUGCUUGAACCCAGGAGGCAGAGGUUGCAGUGAGCUGAGAUCGCACUAUUGCACUCCAGCCUGGGUGACAGAGCGAUUUUAUCUUCAAAAAAUAAAAUAAAUAAAUAAACACGAAUCAACAGAGAGACUGAGUUUUUGACCCAGUCAAUUUCCAUUCUGGAGAUUUCCCCCUUCUCUUUACCCCUAUCCUUACCUCCUGCCAGUGCUUCUCCUAGGGAAUUUGGGAAGCUGUAAACACAUUCA